AUGGACACCAUCUUAGUCUUCAGUCUAAUAAUUGCAUCCUUUGAUUCCAACAAGAACGACCCCAGAGAGAGCAGCUGCCAAGUGGAACAGCUGCCCAGCUUCUUCCCAAAGGAUGUGAGAAGACACAAGGAUUUGGUAAUAAGAGUUCUUCCAGAAAUUCACACAGACAUCAAUGAGGCCCCGUUCAACGAAAAUCAGACUAUAACUACCCUACAGUGCCUUGGCUCUGGGAGGAGAGUGAGAGUCCAGCUUGCAUAUUCAGAGAAAAGGCCAAAGGUCAAGUAUACGCUGAAGAACCUAGGAGUCUUUGCUGAUCUCCAUAGAAACAGUACGGCCUCCCCAAACUGUCACCUAAGGCCCACUUCUCAAUUUCAGAAUGGAUUCCUUCUAACAGCUUUCUUACCAGGGAUCUCUCACUGCAAGGUCUACCCAGCAAAGAGUAGAUCUGCUUCAUCAGAGACGGUGCCCAAUACUACCACCUCCACAACUCCUAGAAGAAAAGAAGAGAAAACUACAAACACUGGGGGUUUUCCCAGCCCUUUGUCACAAGACACAGAUGUGUCCUUAAAGAAGAGGCAGAAAUGGAGUAUUGUCAUCAAAGCUCUGAUGGCUGCUGCUCUGCUGCUUGGGGGAGUCAUCAUUAUAGUAUUUGUCAUCUUCGAAGUCCCAUGCCCAAGUCCAUGCCUCAGAGCCAGAAGGCUGUGUGAAUGGCAAUGGCUAUGGAGAAGGGAAAGAAAGGAAGACCAGCAACCUGGGACAACUGAGUCCCAGUUGGACUCGCAGCCUGAGAAGGGAAGUAUUCUUCGUAUAGUUGGACAAGAUGCUCCUAACUCUUCAGCCUCAACGACAACUACAGGGGUCAUUAUAACCCACCAGACAUACUUCUGAGCUCGGCUUUGCCUCACUCUGAAUGCCAGUGCUGUCUUCUGCACCACCAUCUCCUUAUUGCAAAUCAUUACAGGCUGAAGCCCUCACACUCGUAUCUUCACGGGGACUUUAUAAUCAAAUAUAUGCCAGGACAGUGAAGGAAGACCCUGGGUCGACAGAGCUACCCUCAUGCCCUGCGCCUGACACAGACAUAAACCUCUGUGAUU